AUGUCAGUCUACAGGGUGGAGGUGGAUUCAGGAGUGGAGUCUGUUCUGUUGCCAUUUAAAACUGCAGUCUGGCUGCCUGAAGAAGUUGAAAUAAAGUGGAGACACAACAGUGGCAGGAUAGUCCAUGGGUGCUACAGAGAUGUCUUCCUGUGGUCUGUGGAUUUUGGGAGCUGGUGUGUUCAACAUGAUCAGUAUAAAGACAGAACAGAGAUUGAGAAAGAAGGUAAAUUUGGAGACUUCAGUUUGAUCCUGAAGAAUCCAACAGACAGAGACACAGGAACCUACAGCUGCAUCGUCUACGAAUUUGGGUCAGAAAGAGUCCUGACCAGAAAACAGGUGCUGCUUGAUGUCAAAGCUGGACCCGACUCUCUCAUCAUAGCCAUAGACUUUGGUUCAGGAUUCAGUGGCUACGCCUUCAAUGUUAAACCCAGAGAGGAAGGAGGUGAAACCCAGAUAAAGAGAUGGAGUAAUGGACUUGGACUAGACACCCCAAAGACUCCAACCUGCAUCCUGUUUGAUGAACCUGAAGAAUUUAUGAAGUUUGGACUACAGGAGGAGGGAAUUGAAGCAGCCAACAAGAAGCAAAUGACGGAGCUGAAGGUUUUUACAGAAACUCUGAGAUUCCUGAAGGACGAUGCUCUGAAAACCAUCAGAUCUCAUACAGUAGGAGGAAGAUUCACAGCUGAUGAUUUCACCUGGGUUCUCACUGUUCCUGAACUCUUGGAAGAUUCCACUAAACAGUUCAUAAUAAAAUCUGCAACUCAGGCUGGUCUGGUAACAGACGACACUAAAGACAAACUGAUGUUUGUUUUGGAGUCAGAAGCAGCUUUGACCUGGUGUUUGAACCUUCAACCUGAUGGUUUCAUCAAACAGAACCACAGCAGAGACUCACAGGAUCAACCAGCAGAACCAGCAGAACCUGAUACCAGCUGUAACGAUCCAGCAGGAAGUCAGGAGGCUGUAAAGUUUAUUGUGGAACCAGAAGAAACCAAAGUUCUGCUGGAGACCCAAAGAGACGGGAAACGGUUCCUUGUUGUCGACUGUGGAGAUAAAAAUAUUAACUUCACUGUUCAUGACGUCCUGAAAGGAGGAGCCAUAAAGAAGUUGCAAUCUACAAACUACUUCAGGACUGAAAACAAUCUCGGACGAAGAUAUGUGAAGAAAGAAUUCAAACAGAUCCUACAAAAAAUCUUCUCUGAUGAAGUCUGGAAUGAAUAUGAACAAAACUUCUCUAAUGGGGUUCAGAAGAUGAUAUUUGAUUUUACUCGUCUUGAAGAGAUGGGUGAAGAUGUUCAAAUCAGUUGCCCGGAUAACCUGGUCAUGUUGGCUCAGAAAAACAAAGAGAUUGAAACGUUCUUUGAUUCAGUGGAAGGAGCUUCCUGGAAUAAUGGAUCCAUCAGAAUCAACAGAGAGAAACUCAAAUCUUUCUAUGAUGAGAGUCUGCAGGGAAUCACCAAGAAACUCAGAGAAAUAUUAAACAAAAAUCUCAACAUUGGGUAUAUUGUGUUAGUGGGAGGCUUUGCUGAGAGCCAGAUUCUCCGUCAGCACAUCACUGAUCAGUUUGGACCUCAGUAUAAAGUCCUGUGUCCUCUGAGACCCCAGGAAGUGAUUCUGAAAGGAGCCGUAGAGUUGGGGAGAAACCCAAAGCUGGUGGAGUCUCAGAGAAAACGUCCAGCUUGGUUCAAAUGUUUGUCAUGAGAUUUAACUUUCUUCUUUAUUUUUUUUUCUUCUCUUUUUUUUUUUUGGAAGGGGAACAAGGGCGGUUUUGUGUGAUUGAAUAACUUUUUCCAUGGUGAUUUUAUUGAUUUUUUUUUUUUUUUGCUAUUUUGUACAAGAAACCAAGAAAUCAUUUCCACAGAUUUCAGUUUUUAAACUAAAUAAAAGUUAAUUUUGAUUUAACCUGGUUCUCCUUCCUCCUUUCAGUUUCCUGUUUUGGUUUUUUAUUUGAGUCGCUUGAUUUUUAUUAUUAUUGCAGUGUUUGCAAAACUAAAGCUUUAGAAAACUGAUAUUUGCUCUUUGGUUUUAGCUUCAGUUGAUUAGUAAACCAUCUGAAGAGGUUUAAGAUGGUUUAUUGUUCAUGUCUACGUUUUAAAUAGUUGAAUAUUUAUAAAAAUGCCCAAGUGAUAUUUCUGAAUAACUAGCUUUCUUAUGUGUUUAAUAUGUAUGUAAUCUUUGGUCAUUAAACAUUAUUUCAGAAAAAAU